CCUCAGGCCAAAAUCCACAUCGCUUUCCAACUUCUCCAUCCCGCGGUGCCUCGACUCCCCUCCUCUCAAUCCCUUUUUGGAGGAACUCUCGGUCAAUUCGAUUGAUUCCCACACCUCUCACACAUAAUGUUCCGUCCCGCCGCUCGAGCGCUCGCCCGCGCGCCUACUGUCGCAGCCCGUACACCUGCGAACAGACGAUUGAUAAGCACCGGUCCGACAAAGUCGAGAAGCUGGAAGAACACCUUCUUGCGAUUGGGCUUGGCUGGUGGUGCUAUCUACUACUACAAUACGAGCAGUGUUUUCUCCGAGGAGCCGAAGUUCUCUAUUCUUUCUUCGAUCCGGAAACAAACUGGCGAUGAUGCCAACCCCCAGACCCUCGACUCCAUUACUCCCAAGAUUCGCGAAGAACGAGCUGCCGCGCAGUCCCAGAAGAGCGAGUCUGCUGCUUUGGAAGGUGGUCUGAACCCCCAGGAGCUCCAGGAGGAGGCUGGCCAAGAGGCUGCGUUCAACCCGGAGACCGGCGAGAUCAACUGGGACUGCCCUUGUCUUGGAGGCAUGGCCCAUGGGCCUUGCGGAGAGGACUUCAAGGCUGCGUUCAGCUGCUUUGUCUACUCCGAGGAAGAGCCCAAGGGUAUCGACUGCGUUGAUAAGUUCAAGGCAAUGCAAGAUUGCUUCCGCCAACACCCCGAAGUCUACGGCGCCGAGCUGGAGGAUGACGAUGAGCCCCAACCUCAGUCCGAUGCUCCCGCCCCCUCCGAAGCCCCCGCUACCCCCGAAGUUACCUCCACUGCCGCCGAGGUAGAUGCGUCUUCGCACCCCACUGAGAAGCAGACCCGUGCCAAGGAUGUCCACGCCCAGGUGAAGGCCGAAACCGCUGCUGCAGGCGAGAACCCCGAGGGCGAUUCCCUCAUCCCCAAGGCUGCGCAUGACGCCGAGGAGAAGAACGAGGCCAACAAGGCUUAG